UAUUGACUGUUCCGGCGCACAAAAUGCAAAGUGAUGAAAGGCCGGGUCAUCGGUCUGUCACACAGCACAGUGCGGAGCUGCGAUACGCUGGAGGGGGCGAGGAGGUGACACCCCACAGCCAGGAAGAGUCAUCACUUCUCUCACUUUACAAUCAGAGGAGAGAGAGGAGUUCACUUCUACAGACCGCAAUAUACAAAGCGACAUCACACAUAGAGAGAUAUACACCUAUACACAAAGGUAAGAUACACACAUAGAGAUAUACAUAAUAUACACACACACAUAUUAUAUACACAAAGGUAAGACAAACAUAUAGUAAACCUAUACAGAUAUUACAGACUUAUACAUAGUAAUCAUUUACACACUAUAAACAGAUACAUAGUAACAAAUACACAUAAUAUAAAAAUACAUGUAGAAUAAAUAUAAACAUUGUAUAAAUCCUUUAUUAUAAUAAUAGACACACACAUAGUAUAAAUAUAAACAUAAUAAACACACACAUAGUACAGAAAAGACAGGUACACACAUAGUACACAUAAGACAGUUACACACAUAGUACAGAUAAGACAGUUGCACACAUAGUACAGAUAAGACAGUUACACAUAGUACAGAUAAGACAGUUACACAUAGUACAGAAAAGACAGUUACACAUAGUACAGAUAAGACAGUUGCACACAUAGAACGGAUAAGACAGUUGCACACAUAGUACACAUAAGACAGUUGCACACAUAGUACAGAUAAGACAGUUACACAUAGUACAGAUAAGACAGUUACACACAUAGUACACAUAGGACAGUUGCAUACAUAGUACAGAUAAGACAGUUGCACACAUAGUACAGAUAAGACAGUUGCACACAUAGUACAGAUAAGACAGUUGCACACAUAGUACAGAUAAGACAGUUGCACACAUAGUACACAUAAGACAGUUGCACACAUAGUACACAUAAGACAGUUGCACACAUAGUACACAUAGGACAGUUGCAUACAUAGUACAGAUAAGACAGUUGCACACAUAGUACAGAUAAGACAGUUGCACACAUAGUACAGAUAAGACAGUUGCACACAUAGUACAGAUAAGACAGUUGCACACAUAGUACACAUAAGACAGUUGCACACAUAGUACACAUAAGACAGUUGCACACAUAGUACAGACAAGACAGUUACACAUAGUACAGACAAGACAGUUACACACAAAGUACAGAUAAGACAGUUGCACACAUAGUACGGAUAAGACAGUUGCACACAUAGUACAGAUAAGACAGUUGCACACAUAGUACGGAUAAGACAGUUGCCCACACAUAGUACGGAUAAGACAGUUGCACACACAGGAGACACAAACUACCAUCAACCAGGAAAAAAAAAUGAACAACAUUGCGUCGGGCCCAGGAGACCACCUUCUGACCAAUCACAAGAUCCAGAAGAGCGCAAAGUCCUCCCUGGACGCCGAACUGAUCCAGAAGCUCAUCGCCGAGGGUCAGGAGGCCAAAAGCUUCGCUCAUUGUCCCUACAGCAAGUUCCGGGUCGGGGCGGCACUGCUGGGCAAGAACGGGAAGAUCUACCGGGGUUGCAAUGUGGAGAACGCUUGUUACACGCUGGGGAUCUGCGCCGAGCGCAACGCCUUCCAUAGAGCCGUGUCUGAGGGGUGCAAGGAAUUCACCGCCAUCGUCAUCACCAGUGACGUGGAGGAGGAGUUCAUCAGCCCCUGCGGAGCCUGCCGACAAGUCAUGAGAGAGUUCGGGACGGAGUUGGAAAUCUUCCUCGCCAAGCCGAGCGGCGCGCUCCUCCUCACCUCCCUCCACCACAUGCUGCCCAUGUCCUUCGGGCCGGAGAACCUGAAGACGAUAUAGGACCCCCCGAGGAUCGGCGCCCUGUAUAUUGUGAUUGUAUUUUCUCUUAUUUAUUGGACGCGAUGACGUCACAGAAGGCGCGGGGUGUCUUCCCAUUGGCUGCUCUGAAAUACAUUGUAUCUUUCACACACGA